GACACAAAAGGUGCGCAGUUUCUAACGUUGUGGCCCACUCUCUGAAUGGCUUUGAACAUCAAGGAAGGAGUUUCUCUGCGCUUUAAUUCUUCUCACCGUUAGCAAUGCUAUCCAGACCUUGCAACCCAGAGCCUAAAGCUGCAAACUUUCUGCGAUUCUUGUGGUUGAUUUUGUUGGAGGUCUAAGUUAUAAUGUCUGCAGCUAUGGAUGAUAAACAAGAAAAUCCGUUAACAUUCUCCUCGCCUAGCCAGCUGUUAUCAAUUGAUGAGGAACUUUGGCGGAUGGCUGAAGAGAGGGCCCAAGAGAUACUAUGGACAAUUGAACCAAAUGUACUAUCUGAGGUGAACAGAAAGGAUGUUAUUGAUUAUGUUCAGAGGUUGAUUAGAGGUUACUAUGGAGCAGAGGUCUUCCCAUUAGGCUCUGUCCCACUAAAAACCUAUCUUCCCGAUGGAGAUAUUGACUUGACCGCUCUCAGUCAUGAGGAUGCAGAGGAGGAUUUGGCACAUGAAGUAUACUGUAUACUUCAAAAUGGAGAUGACCCUGAAUACCAAGUAAAAGACAUACAAUAUAUACGUGCACAGGUCCAGCUUGUUAAAUGUACUGUGAAAAAUAUAGCCGUUGACAUCUCUUUCAAUCAGAUGGCUGGACUUUAUACUCUACGCUUUUUGGAGCAGGUCGACCAACUUGUUGGAAAGAAUCAUCUUUUCAAACGCAGUAUUAUCUUAGUCAAAGCUUGGUGCUAUUAUGAGAGCCGACUUCUUGGUGGACACCAUGGCCUGUUAUCAACAUACGCAAUAGAAAUAUUAGUCUUAUAUAUUAUUAAUCGUUGUCACUCAUCAGUGCGUGGUCCUCUAGAGGUGCUAUACAUGUUUUUGGACUACUAUGGUUCAUUUGAUUGGGACCAUAAUUAUGUUAGUAUAUGGGGUCCAAAGGCCUUGUCCUCCCUUCCAGAAAUUGUUGAGACACCAGAAUGUGAUCAGGGUGAAUUCUUGCUCCAGAAAGAGUUUCUCAGGAAUUAUAGGGAUAUGUGCUCUUUUUCAGCAAAGGCAUCCGAGACUAUGACCCAUGAAUUUCCAGUGAAGUUCAUGAAUAUCUUGGAUCCUCUAAGAAAUGACAACAAUCUAGGCCGUAGUGUCAACAUAGCAAGUUUACAUCGUUUAAAAUUUGCUCUUUCCUACGGUGCUAAAAGGCUUAAGCAGAUCCUCACACUUCCAGGAGAAGAGAUGGGUGCAGCACUUGAGAAGUUUUACCUCAACACUUUGGACAGGAAUGGGAAAGGAGAAAGGGCUGAUGUCGAUGUUCCUGUUUCUCCAUUUGGUAUUGGAAGAUCUGAAGAGUCUGUCCUCUGUGGAGAUUGUGACAGUUACUAUGGUGGCUUACAAUAUGUUCAGCUGUAUCGCAAUUAUGCCAUGCCACCAGUAACUGUACGCUCCAGUUCUCCAUCGUCACCUUCUCAGGACGAUAUCCAUGCCCUAUCGAUGCAGCAAAAUUGGAACAUGUUUUACCAAAGUGGUACUGAUGUAUAUAUCCCAGGACAGACACUCUAUCAUCCAACUUACAGCCUUGAAGAAGGAGGGAAAUCACGAGGAACAGGCACAUACAUACCUGACUUGAAUUAUAAUUCCUACUGGAAUAUGCGCUCAAGGGCAUCCAGGCCAAGGAGAUUUGCCUCUGUAAAGCACUAUGCAUUGCCCAAAUCGCCACCAAAAAAGCAACAAGCAGAGGAGGUUCACUCUGAGACUGACAUGAGCGUCAAUUCAGAUUCAAGGCCAUUUGAUCUCGUAAAUGAAGAUUUCCCUGUUCUUCCAUGCGCUCGCAAGGCUACACCGCCUAUACAAGCCCAAGAGUCUGCUCCAUUAGUAAAGGUUCAUUCUGAGACGUACAUGGAUGGUAAUUCAAGCUUGUAUUUCCCCAUUCUUCCAUGCAUUUGCAAGGCUACACCAUCAGCACAAGCCCAAGAGUCUGCUCCAUUGGCAGAGAUUCAUUCUGAGACAGAUAUGGACGGUAAUUCACAGUUGUUUGAGCUCUCAAAUAAAGAUUUCCCCCUUCUUCCAAAGGUUUGUUCUGAAACACACAUGGAUAGUAAUUCAAGGUCAUCGUAUGAGCUCUCAAAGGAAGAUUUCCCCUUUCUUCCAAGCACUCGCAAGACCUUACUGUCAGAGUCUGCUCAGUUAACAAAGCAAGCCAAGAGUUACCCAUCCUCUAAAGUGGAAAAUAUUGAGUUUGGAACUUACAAUUACAAGAAUUCACAAUCACUGACAGAACCAAGUUUGUCAACAAAGGAUGAGAAAGAAGAUUCUGCUGUUUCAUUUUCUAAAGACACUUUGCUGGUAGUUCCAAAGAUUGCAAUGGAGAAGGAAGAGGAAUCUACCAAGAGCAAUGAGAAGAUGGACUGACAACAUUGACAUAGACAUUUUUUAGGAUAUGAAGGAUACAACAGGAGAGUUCUGAUGUGUUGCUUUGUUGCUGGUCCGGUCAGAACGUUCUGACCGAAUACCUUGAAAAUAAUAGUCAACUUUUCCUUCUUUAUUUUUCUUUUUACAGACGUAAAUUUGGGAGAAACUUGAAUUGUUUGCUAGUGAAUAGUGGCAGUCUCAAAUUUUAUAGGAACAAACAAGUGGUAGGGAUGUUAACCAAUUUUGUUCUGCCAUGGUGGGAAUAGUUUACCAUUACUCUAGGAACAGAAUGACAUCUCCCUUCUAAUAUCCGGAUGAAAUUGUACAUGAUUUUUGUUUAUGUAAAACUUUUGAUCUUUUA